AUGGCUUCCUAUUCUUCUAUUCUUGUUCUUUCCGUUUGUACCAUUGGUGCGCUGGCUGUUAUGGAGCACAACUCGUAUUAUCCUGGUGGACACUCCACGAGCUACUACCAACCAUUCCAAACCGAUACCUACGGAUCCAAGUACUACAACACCGAAUCCUAUGGAAAAUACGAUGAGCAUGGCAACAAUGGCAAGGACUCACACUACGAGCCAAACUACUACAAUCCAAUUGCCUCUUACUAUCACUCGUACAUGCCAAAGUAUCAUGGAGGACACAAUGACUACUACACCAAGUACAACCAAUACACCCCAUACUACGGAGGAUCACACCAACAAAACUAUUACGAGCAGCCAAAGCAUGAUGAUUACCACGGCGGAGAUCAUCACUACGAUAUGCACAAGUAAACACCUUCAAUAUGGCUCUAAUCAUCAAUGAAAAUUUGCUCUUUUCUCUCGCACUUUAUCAUUUUUCUAUCGAAUAAGCAUUUUCUAUGAAUAAAAUACUUGAAAAGAG